CUGUUUAUCGGUGUUGUCGGUGGUCCAAUUGCAUUCUCGAAUAUCUUAGAUCUUGUCGGAUAAUUACUACAAGGCAACGCAGCAUGGCACCACACGCCGAGCCAGCCGGCUUUCUUCCAGAGGAGCACGCCCCAGCCGUCCAAGAGGCUUUCACUGGCUUCUCGCCAAACGGCUUGGAUGCGACAACUUUCACAGAAUCCGAGAAUCGGUCGCACCUUCGCUACACCCCCGAGGAGGAGCUGCACGAUGUGGUAUGCGUCGGGUUUGGCCCAGCAUCGCUCGCCAUCGCAGUGGCUCUACAUGAUGCCAUAGAGGGCUCCGAUGCCAACUUGGAUCUGCCCGGUGUUCAGGCGCGGCGGCCAAAGGUUGCCUUCUUGGAGAAGCAGUCGCAGUUUCGAUGGCAUGCGGGGAUGCUUCUCCCUGGAGCGAGAAUGCAAAUUACCUUUAUGAAGGACAUGGCUACCAUGAGGAACCCGCGGAGCGAGUUCACCUUCAUCAACUAUCUGUUCCAAAAAGACCGGUUGGUUGAGUUUGCCAACCUCAAUACUUUCUUGCCCCAACGCAUCGAGUAUGAGGACUACAUGAAGUGGUGCGCCAGUUGGUUCGAAGAGGUAGUCGCCUACGACCAGGAAGUAGUCAAAGUGAUCCCGGAGAAGUCGGCCAGCACCGGGAAGAUCAAUACCUUUACUGUGGUGUCUAAGAAUCUGCAAACCGGGCAGAUGGAAACACGCCGCACCAAACAUGUUGUGGUUGCAGCUGGAGGGCGGCCAAACCUCCCACCACCCUUUCCUUCCAACCAUCCCAAGGUGAUCCACUCGUCCAAGUUUUCAUACAUUUCGACAAAGGUUUUGCAAGACCUGCAACGGCCGUAUAACAUUGCCGUCGUUGGCAAUGGUCAGAGUGCAGCGGAGAUCUUCGACUUUCUGCAUACCCAUUAUCCCAACGCGCGGACACGAUUACUGAUCAAAGGUGGCGCCCUGCGUCCCAGCGAUGAUUCGCCUUUCGUCAAUGAGAUUUUCAAUCCCGACCGUGUGGAUCCCACAUUCAAUCGCGAAGCCACGCUUCGAGCAGCAGCUCUAAAGGAAGACAAGGGCACCAACUACGGUGUUGUGCGGUUGAACUUGCUGGAGCACAUUUACGAGACGCUCUAUAUUCAACGGGUGCGCCAUGGCAACUCACGGGAAGCCGAGGAGCAGUGGCCUCACCGUAUCCUGCCACAUCGGCUUGUCACUGAUGUGCAAGACUCUCCCGUAAUCAAAGACGGUAUACGGUUACGAGUGCGGGACGCGAGUCCGAUAUAUCUCCCAGAUACCCCCAACGCAAAGGAGAAGGAAGAGGUGAUGGAUAUGGAUGCAGUGUUCGUGGCCACGGGAUACCAGCGAGAUCUCCACGAGAUACUGCUCCAGGACGCGCGACACAUGAUGCCUGGUGGUAACCAGGAGGGCGCGAAAUGGCAGGUUGGGCGCGACUACCGGAUGCGGUUCGCGGACCAGCAGGUUAGCGAUGAUGCGGGAGUGUGGUUGCAGGGAUGCUGCGAGAGCACACAUGGGCUGAGCGACACACUACUUUCCAUCUUGGCGACACGGGGCGGCGAAAUGGUGCAGAGCAUCUUUGGGGGCAAGAAUGCACACGGUGGAGAGUGGAACGGCGGGUUGGGAUUCGCAGACGUGCAACAAGGAGUCCGGAACUACUAAGCAGGCGGACUGUGCGUGUGUGCAAUAGACAAGCCCAAUGCAGGCAGGACUGGUGAUGUGGCGGUGCUUCCUCGAGUCCGGCCGCCAGGUG